AUCAGAUUUCUGGAAGCUGCUCCAUCCAAACAGCUACGGAGUGGGGAAUUGUGUGCAAAUGUGGACUGUGUUUAUCACUGUGACUGGAUGAACCCCACUGUUUACUCAUCCAUCGAUUCAUCCCUCCAUCACUCCAUCAGUCGGAGGAAGGAUCUGAUGAGAGGACUGCAGAGAGAGGAGAGAACAGAAGACCUGCUAUGGCUGGCGUAGCUGAUGGUGUAGGAAGUCUGGGUCCUGAGCAGAACCACCUGAGUGUCCCCGUCACUGAUCAUGGGGCCUGGGCCACGGCCAUGAACAACCUGGGCAUCAUGCCAGUGGGCAUCGGUGGGCAGCAAUUGGUCUCAGAGUCCCUGUGUAUCCAGAGGUUCGACCCGGGACUUGGCCUCAUCGCACCCAUAAACCCCAUGAUGGCGGGCAUCAGUCUAGUCCCUCCCCCGCCGGUACCUCCGGACAUGCCCGUCAUAAAGGAGAUCAUCCACUGCAAGAGCUGCACCCUUUUCCCUCAGAACCCCAAUCUGCCCCCUCCAUCGACACGGGAGCGCCCCCCUGGCUGUAAAACAGUAUUCGUUGGAGGUUUGCCAGAAAACGCCACAGAAGAAAUCAUCAGGGAAGUGUUUGACCAGUGCGGGGAAAUCACUGCCAUCCGCAAGAGCAAGAAAAACUUCUGCCACAUCCGCUUCAGUGAGGAGUUCAUGGUGGACAAGGCCAUUUAUCUGUCAGGGUACCGGAUGCGUAUCGGAUCUAGUACUGAUAAAAAAGACUCGGGGAGGAUCCACGUAGACUUCGCUCAGGCCAGAGAUGACCUGUAUGAGUGGGAGUGUAAACAGCGCUUAUUUGCAAGAGAAGAACGACACCGCCGCAAGAUCCAUGAGGACCGCCUUCGACCGCCGUCUCCUCCUCCCAUCGUGCAUUAUUCUGAACAUGAGGCAGUGCUGUUAGCAGAGAGACUGAAAGAUGACCAUAAGUUCAACGAAGCCACGGCGGUGCUUUUCACCUGGAUCGACCGGGGUGAAGUCAACCGUCGGACAGCCAAUCACUUCUACUCCAUGAUCCAGUCGACCAACAGCCAUGUGCGGCAGCUGAUGAGUGAGAAGGCUCAACACGAAGAGGAGAUGGAACAUGCCAAAGAGAUCUUCAAGAACGCCCUGAUGGCCAUUUUAACACAGUUCGAGCAGAUCACCGCCGUUUUCACCGCCGCCACCAGGCAAAAGGCAUGGGACCAUUUCUCAAAAGCACAGCGCAAGAACAUAGAAAUUUGGCGCAAGCAAUGUGAGGAGCUGAGGAACGCUCACAGUGAGGAAAUCAUGGGCAUCCGUCGAGAAGAAGAAAUGGAGAUGUCAGAUGAAGACUCUGAUGAAAAUCCAUGUAAGAAGAUGCGCAUUGAGGAAAAUGGCGUGUGCGAACAGACUCAUGCAUCUUUGAAAGAGGAGAACGACUCACUGCGUUGGCAGCUGGACGCCUACAGGAACGAGGUGGAGCUGCUCAGGAAGGAGCAGAGCAAAGCAAGCCGACCGGAUGACGACUACACACACUCGCAAAUGCACACACACAGUCCUGAGGCACAGAUCCAGCUGCUGCAGCAGAACAUGCACAACAUGCAGCAGCAACUCCUGGAUCUGCAGGAGCAGCUGAGGAGUAAGGAAGAUGAGCUGGAGCAGGCCAGAGAAGAGCAGCGUUACCUGGAGGGGGAGGUGCUCCUGCUCCGUGAAAAGCUGCUGAAUAACAAUGGGGAGGCUGUGGAAGGGACCAACGGAGAGCUACAUGAAAAGGGGAUCAAUGGGUGUAUUCCUUCAUUGUACCACUCAAGAGAAAGGAGAAGUGAAGUCAUUCUGAGAGGAGGGGUCGCGUCAGAAAAAGAGGCCCUACUUCUGGGUGUCAUAUCGACCUUCCUCCACGUGCAUCCAUUUGGGGCUAACCUUGAAUAUCUGUGGUCAUACAUACAGAGACUGGACUCCAAGGUGACGGCAGUGGAGUUGGAGCGUCUGAUGGUCCGUCUGCCCACCAUGUUCAGACAAGAGCUGAGCGGCGUCGGUGCCACUCUGGAGAAAAGAUGGAAAUUCUGUGGUUUCGACAGCCUCGGCUCAGCGUGACACCUGCAGAACGCGCACACAAACACAGGGAAAACACAUCAACCCGAACAAAUACACACAUCAAACCUUUAAUAUGUGUGUGCGCGUUCUCCCAUUCUGAGUCGGAUUCAUAGCGGAGCGUCAGAUGAUGAUGUUCAGUCGAGCAGGCACUGGAAAAUGUGGAAGAGACAGUGUAGAUUUCUCCAAAGAAGAAAUCUCCAAACACAAAGUACAUCCUGAUGUCGAAUCAAGCUGAAAUAAUUGAAAUGGACAGGUUGGUUUCACCUGAACUUCACUGCGGAUAUUUACCUGAGGAGAACCACCACGCAGAUCUGAGAACACUCUUUCUGUUUGUUUAUGUUGAGCAGUUUUCUAAACCUGAAUAUUUUGUCUUUUACCUGAAUCAUGGUCCCUGGUUGUCUAAUCAUUGAUCCACCUGAAGCAUAAAAUACCCAGUCCUAUAGCCAGAGUAAAAAGAAAUCGACCCAAAAACAAAACAAAGAUGUUGUUCAUUGGCAAAUAGAACCAUGUACAUUAUCUGGAAAUGUUAGAUUAUAGAGUUUCUACUGGAAAAAAA